CAAGUGGCCAGAUCCUUCACGUUCUAGCUUCAGCUAAGUCCAUUGUGUACAGAGCUCAAACUUGGUUUUCUACUCGAUCACCUGCAAUUCUGUGGUUUGAGUACUCCGUCUCCAAGAGCUUUCGAAUUGAUCACUUGGUAUUCAGAAAAUGAAUCAGCAACUGGACGAGCUCAUUCCUGAGAAUGAUCGGCCACAUACUAGUGGACUCGCCGGCACCGAAGUUUUGCUCGUUGAGCAAUCCGACUAUGUGGUGUUGGACAAUGGGAUAGUUCAAGUAACGCUAACCAAGCCUGGCGGCAAUGUAACCAGCAUCAAAUAUGGGGGCAUCGAAAAUCUUCUGGAAUAUAAGAACAAGGAGACAAACAGAGGAUACUGGGAUAUGAACUGGAGUCAUGAGAAGGGUGGACAAGAUAACUUUCUAGUUUUCUUUGGAACCAUCUACAAAGUCAUUCACAAAGAUGCAAAUAGAGUGGAGGUUUCAUUUCUACGGCCGUAUGAUCCCGCAUAUCCAUCAGAAUUGCCUCUCAAUGUCGACAAGCGAUUUGUGCUUCUGAAAGGAAGUUCGGGGUUCUACUCUUACGGCAUUUAUGAGCGACCCGCAGGAUGGCCUGAGUUCAACCUGAACCAGACACGAAUCACGUUCAAGCUCAGCAAUGACAAGUUCCAUUACAUGGCCAUAGCAGACGACAGACAGAGAUUCAUGCCUUCUCCGGAGGAUUUGAUGCCGGACAGGAGUCAGCAGCUUGCGUACCCCGAAGCCCACCUCCUGACGAAUCCUAUUGACCCUGCAUUCCUCGGUGAGGUGGACGAUAAGUAUCAGUACUCCAAGGAGAACAAGGAUCUUAAAGUGCACGGUUGGGUGAGUACCAACCCUAUGGUUGGUUUCUGGAUCAUCUCUCCGAGCUACGAAUUUCGCAAUGGGGGAGUCACGAAGCAGAAUUUGACUGCUCACGUCGGUCCUACAUGUCUGGCUAUGUUUCAUAGCGCGCAUUAUGCUGGGCUCGAUCUAUGCCCUCAUUUCCAACAAGGGGAAGCUUGGCAGAAGGUUUUUGGGCCCGUCUUCAUCUACCUCAACUCAGCACCAGUCGGCACUCCUUAUCCUGCUCUUUGGCAAAAUGCUCAAGCUCAAGUGACGAGGGAAAUGGCAGCAUGGCCAUAUUCCUGGCCCGCUUCAGAUGCUUACCCAAAGGCAGCAGAACGUGGCACUCUUUGUGGCCGCCUCCUCGUUUCAGAUCCGUUGCAGUCCCCAUACACUUGGGUAGGCAGGAACGCAUACCUCGGAUUAGCGAUCCCAGGGGAGACAGGCUCAUGGCAAAGUGAAAGCAAGGGCUAUCAGUUCUGGACUCAAGCGGAUGCUUAUGGAUGUUUUAGUAUUAGAAACAUCCGUGCUGGCUUGUAUGAUCUCUAUGGAUGGGUUCCCGGUGUAGUGGGAGACUACAAAUUCGAGCGUGGUCCCAUUCGCAUACAACAAGGUGGGAUCAUAGAUAUGGGUGAUUUAACAUACUAUAGUCCUCGAAACGGGCCUACUGUGUGGGAGAUUGGCGUCCCCGACCGCACAGCAGCAGGAUUUUUCGUCCCCGAUCCAAAUCCAAAAUAUGUCAACAAGCUGUAUCUUAACAGCAGCCAAAAGUGGCGGCAGUAUGGCUUGUGGGAGCGAUACACAGAACUGUAUCCUACAAAUGACUUGGUGUACACAGUCGGUCAAAGUGACUGGCGAAAGGAUUGGUUCUAUGCUCAUCUCAAUAGGAUCAUGCCUGAUGGUUCCUACGCACCUACAACCUGGGAGAUUCGAUUUGAGCUCUUGAAAGUGGUCCCUGACAGCCCGUAUAAACUUCGUAUUGCAACGGCAUCUUCACAUACAGCGUCCAUCCAGCUGUUUGUGAACAAACUUGACUACGCGAAACCUGUGUUUGACACCCUACAGUACGGGAGAGACAAUGCUACAGCACGCCACGGCAUCCAUGGCCUUUACACGCUCUGGAACAUUGACAUAGAGCCAAAACUUCUGCAAGUUGGGAAAAACAGCUUCUAUCUCUCACAGCGGAAAGAUUACGGGCCUUUUGCAGCAGUCAUGUAUGAUUAUCUGCGGCUGGAAGCGCCUGCGAGUAGUUUUCCCGGGAUCUUAGAUUCAGCGAAAUAAACUCCUGCUUCAGAGCAGAUGCUAGUAAGAUAUCUUUUUGAUCCAAGCCAAUCUUGAAUCCAGUUACUUAAUUUUCAGUCUUGGACAGAAAUUAAAGGAAUUAUAACAAACUGCAAUCAAUUGGUUACUGGUUCAAGUGA